GGAUGAGCGGCACCGCUGGAUCGGAGCAUGACAGCAUCGGCUCUACGGGAAUGAUGCAUUCUGCAGGCGAAAAUGAAGAACAUAGAAAUUCAUUUCGGAGUUUUGAGAUGAAUCCGGCAUCACCUGCUUCCAUCUGAGGACGCGUCUGCGUCUGCAGCCAUGCAGGAGAUGGACGCCGGAACUGCGGAAACCGGCAGUGAUGGAAGCUGGAAUGAGGAUGGGGCCGUCAGCAUCUGCCAACAGCUUGAAUUCGGAGACACUGAUUCAGCCAAGCAGAGUCAGUUGACAGAGAUGCCAUCCCCCUUUGGAGCAGACCCAAAUCGUGAGAAGAAGAUCGGGCACAGGAGAGUAGAUGCUUCUGGAGAAACAUCGUACAAGAAGACUUCAUCCUCUGCUCUGAAAGGGGCUAUCCAGUUGGGGAUUGGAUAUACUGUUGGAAACCUCAGCUCCAAACCUGAGAGAGAUGUUCUCAUGCAGGAUUUUUACGUGGUUGAAAGCAUUUUCUUCCCAAGUGAAGGCAGUAACCUCACCCCAGCUCACCACUACCCAGACUUCAGGUUUAAAACAUAUGCCCCGGUGGCGUUCCGCUAUUUCAGAGAGCUUUUUGGGAUCCGACCAGAUGACUACCUGUAUUCUCUGUGCAAUGAGGCACUGAUUGAGUUGACAAAUCCAGGGGCAAGCGGCUCCAUUUUCUAUGUAACCCGUGACGAUGAGUUCAUCAUCAAGACUGUCAUGCACAAGGAGGCUGAGUUUCUACAGAAAUUGCUCCCUGGAUACUAUAUGAACUUGAACCAGAACCCUCGAACUCUGCUACCAAAGUUCUUUGGCCUCUAUUGCGUCCAGUGUGGAGGCAAAAACAUCCGAGUUGCUGUGAUGAACAAUAUUUUACCCCGCUCAGUGCGCAUGCACCUUAAAUUCGACCUGAAGGGCUCAACGUACAAGAGACGAGCAUCAAAGAAGGAAAGAGAGAAGUCCAAGCCAACUUUCAAGGACCUGGAUUUUCUGAGCGACGUUCCCGAGGGCCUCAAUCUGGACCAGGACACAUACAACGCUUUGGUCAAAACCUUGCAGAGAGACUGCCUGGUUCUUGAGAGUUUUAAGAUCAUGGACUACAGUUUGCUGCUUGGCGUCCACAACAAAAGCAUAGCAGAGAAAGAGCAAAUGUCCCAGUCAGAAGGUGGUGAGGAGAAGAAGCCUGCGGGGCAGAGAGCCUUUUAUACCACUGCCAUGGAAUCAAUACAGGGUGGCUCCACAUGCAGAGACACUUUGGACCACGAUGACACCAUGGGGGGAAUUCCAGCCGUCAGCAGUAAAGGAGAGCACCUUCUGCUGUUCAUCGGGAUCAUCGACAUCCUGCAAUCCUACAGGCUUAUUAAGAAAAUAGAGCAUUCUUGGAAGUCUCUCAUCCAUGAUGGAGAUACGGUAUCGGUUCACCGGCCAGGUUUCUAUGCUGAGAGGUUCUACAAGUUCUGCAGCACGAUCGUCUUCAAGAAGAGUUGCUCACUGCGAUCGUCACCAUCUAAAAGAGGCCGCGGGCAGCUCUCCAUGUACAAGUCCGGUACUGGAGCUGGUUCAGUUGGGCAGCGUCGCUCGCUGAGUGAUGAAAGGCAGGAAAACUUGGACAAUCUGGAGAACCUAAGAGGGGCACACAACUUUCCUGUUCUGGAGGAUAACGGGAAGGAGCCCCCCUGCACCCCUCCCUCAUUUGAAGAUGCCACCACAGCGUCCAUAGCCACCACUCUCUCAUCCAACAACUCUUUGCCGACGACCCCGUUUGACACGCCGGAGCACCCCCGCCAGAGGAGACAAGCGCAAUCCCCAAAUGUUGCCAGAUCACAAAAAGAGGUGGUUGAGGUGCACGGUGACAGACAGGACACCAUCACUGUAGAGGUGGAGCUCAGCAAAAUCCCUCAGAGCACUGAGCUCACACAGAUGACCUCUUCCAGCCAGCAAUCAUCUGAUCAGACUCACGUUGCUUCAUCAACUUCCACUUCUGCCAGUUGUCCCUCUGCGUACUCCUCCUCUACUCUUCCCCCUUCCUUUAAUUCAGCCUCUUCCUCCUCUCACUGUGCUCCACAAUCCUCUUCCACUCCUCCAUCCUCCAUCCAUCCUUGUGAAGUUGCUCAGUCGUUCACCCUCCCUUCCACAGCCUCUCGCUCAGAUGCACAAUCUGCAUUAACAAGUUCGGCCCCCCAAACCACCACCCUCCCUCCAUCAUCAGCAUUUACUCCUAUCUGCCCCUCGUCCACUCAGUCAUCUACCCAAAGCUCCUCUCAGCCUCUCCUAUCAACGCCUCCUUCCUCUGCCUCUUCAAGCCCCCAGCCGCCGCAGCGGGCGGCGCUCGCACCACGCAAUCAGCUUUCCGUGUCCAGCAGCCACGAUUCUCUGGACGGGGAGGUGCAAGUUUCGGACAUUUACUUUUAUGCAGAUGGCAGAUAUUGGGUUUAUUCUCCAGUUCUGGGCCGCCGUAAGCUUAACUCUAGCUCAAGUUACAAUACUCAGGAGGACCGGAGCUGGGUGUACUCUCCUUUGCACUGCAGCUCAGAGUCCAGAAGAGGCUCAGACGGAGAAAAUGAGUGGAAGGAGCAGUAAUGAUAUUUCACCACAUGCAAAAUGCUGCACGCCUUUAAGGACAGUAAGAGCUGCUAAAGCAACAUGUGGGAGCCUGCUUUGACAACAGCAACAAAGACGUAAGGUGUCAACUCGACGAUGAUGCUCUCAAUUGUAAGAGUGCUAUUAUGAAUUUUGACACAUCGUAGGGGAAGUACAGACAGAGUUAUUCACAACAUAUCAACAAGCAAUACAAACGCCCCGAUUCUGGAACAAUUCAAACUGUCAUGAAGCGCAGAAACAUUAAUUGGAUGGUUCAAUCAGAUGAGAAGCGCUGUCAUGGAGUUUUGUCAGGACCCCAAGUCCACAGACUUCAUCUGAUUCAACUUACACAACACAAUGAAAUUUUCAAUAGAUUUGAAAUCAUGUAAUUAUAUAUAUUCCUAUUUUAUUUUUAUAAUUUGGAUUGUGGAAUUUGAAGGAUAUAAAGACACAUUUCUCUCCAGCUCUGCCUAUGCAAUACCUGUUAAUAAUUUCUCUUCAAUCUGAUGUUAAAUCAAAAUUUCUUCCAAGUGUUUUUUUUUUUUGCCAGGAGCAUGCCAGCUCUGUGAAUUUCCAUUACAGCACUUUAUAUUCGUACAUGUGGGCUAACGACUUUUUGAAGUCCGUGUUUUAAGUAUUUUGUCACAGGUAUUGUUUUCUGUGCCGUGUGUACAGUGUUUCUUAUUCUUCCAGCGGUCCACUUUGCAACCUCUGCUGUAAAAGUAAAACGGUUUUGUUGAAAUUGCCUUUCUUGCCAAUUUGUUACGUUGUCAUGUGCAGUCAAAGAAAAAGUGGAAAACUAAGCAACGGACAACCCUUCAAAUUCAAACAUUAAAAGGUUUAAUUCACGAGUGAACAGCAAAUAUUUGCAGCAAAAAUAACACGAUGCAGGAAUGAAGAAAACAAGGGAAUGUUGGUUUUGUGUUGUUAAUAUGGAAGUGCUUUAGCACCUGCUUAGGAGUCUGAACUGCCCUUCAGUUUCUGUGUGUGCAUGUACUUGCAUGCACACGACUGGCAGCAACUAUCCAGACUUCUCUGUUUGUCAGUUUGUGAAAAGGUUUUGUGAUUUUGGGCUGUGAGAGUUCAAACCAGCUGGAAGCAUGUCUGUCGGUAAAAGGCCGUUUAUGUAAGUGGUUUUGCAGAAAAUGCUCAUGGACACUCCUGCUGAGACAUGACUCAAUGUAAAUGUCGCUGUAUGUGUUUGCAAUCACUUCUUUACCAAGGUACUUUAUUAUUUCAAUCUGCUGAUGUUAACCGGCCUAACUGUAGGCAACUGUAAGUGUAGCAUACCACUGUGAAAAAUACAAUAAAAAAGUAUGUUGUGUAAAAUGUCA